AUGCAGCCCACACGCGUGCGAAUGGGUCCGCCCAAAUAUGCUCCUCACCCGAACCACCCUAUCCACAUCCACCCAGUCCGACCGCUAUACCGGUUCAUGGCAACCGGCCUCGGCGCUUCCAUGUGGUUCUUCUUGAUGUACCGCGCGAAGAAGGACGGCCCGGUACUGCUGGGCUGGAAGCACCCAUGGGACCAUUGAACACUUGAGAUCGGGGAGAACUGAAAGAGAAGCAAGCAUUAUUCAAGGGACCGCGGCAUGAGAAACUGUAUAUAUGGUGCCGUACAGCUCUAGGGCAUGCAUCAAGAUGGGGAUGUGAUAUCCCAUGACGGAAAUGCAAAGGCAUCGAAUUGAAAGAACGUUAACUC